AUGUUCCGUUUUACUUCUGUUGUUUUUUGUUUUCUGGUGGCUGCAGGGGAGCGGGACAUCGUGUUUGAUGAAGAUCUGGACCUUACUGACUUUGACUUGGGACUUGCUCCAAGGAGAGUCCCAAGACAAGUCAAGACCAUUUUAACAAAAGAGAGCAAACCUCACAUUCAAGAGCUCUCCAUAAAGACCACUAUCAUUUCACGAUAUGCCUUCACUGCGGUGCACUGUGCCAUGCUGAACCGCCACUCCGCUGCUGCAGAGGGCGUCUUUCAGUAUGCAAUCCCCUCGGGCGCAUACAUCUCCAAUUUCACCAUGAUCGUGGGAGGUCGCGUCUACCAGAGUGAGAUUAAAGCCAAGGAGAAGAGGGUUAAACAGGAGAACGACAAAGCAAGAAGCACGGACUCGGGUGACAAAAGUAAUGAGUCUGAUCUGGAAGUAUUUCGAAUGGCAGUCAAGAUCCCGGGUCGAAAUCGUGCCAUUUUCUUCCUCACAUAUGAAGAGCUUCUCCAGAGACGAUUGGGUCGCUAUGAACACGUGACGAGCAUUCGGCCCAUGCAGUUGGUCAGUCGCCUGAGUUUAGACAUCACCAUCGUGGACCACUCCCGCAUCGGGCAUCUGGAAGUCCUCCCUCUGCGCAAUGGAAAGGGCAUCACUGCUGCACCAAAAACUGCAGCCAAACUGGAGCCCCCCAUAACAACUGUGAUCAAAAAUGAGAAGAAUGUGUGUAGCAUCACGUUUAGCCCCAACAUCGUGCAACAGGCCAAAAUCACUACUAGCGGGGUUCUCGGAGACUUUGUGGUCCGCUACGAUGUGGAAAGAGAGCUGGGAAUCGGAGACAUUCAGGUGUUGAACGGCCACUUUGUCCACUACUUUGCACCUAAAGACCUUCCGGCUGUUCCAAAGAACGUAGUGUUUGUCAUUGACACCAGUGCGUCCAUGAUCGGAACCAAGAUUAAACAGACCAAAGAUGCUCUAUUUACCAUCUUGAGCGAUCUACGUCCUGGCGAUCACUUUAAUUUCAUAAGCUUCUCCAACAAAGUCAAAGAGUGGAGAAAUCGCCUAGUGCCGGUCACUCCACUAAAUGUCAGAGAUGCAAAGAAAUUUAUUUACACGCUUGCGCCCACUGGAGGUACCAACAUUAACAGUGCAAUAGAGACCGGCUCUUCUCUACUUCAGGAGUACCUCUCUACAUCAGAGGCCAACCCCAACAGUGUAUCUCUCAUUAUAUUCCUGACUGACGGACGUCCCACUGUUGGAGAGGUCCAGUCCGGGACAAUACUGGGAAACACUCGCACCGCGGUACAGGAAAAGUUCUGCGUGUUCACCAUUGGGAUUGGAAAUGACGUUGAUUACCGGCUGCUGGACAGGAUGGCUCUGGAGAACUGUGGCAUGAUGAGAAGAAUAAGCGAAGACGCAGAUGCUACCGCCAUGCUCAAAGGGUUCUAUGAUGAAAUAGGAACCCCUCUCCUGUCUGACAUACGAAUCAACUACACAGAGGAUUCAGUGCAGUACGUGACACAGCAUGUGUUCACCAACUACUUCAAUGGCUCUGAGAUUGUCGUAGCUGGAAAGCUGACAAACAAAAGUGCGGAGUCCCUGCAUGUGCAGGUCACAGCCUCCAACAAUGACAAGAGCAUCUUGCUAGAGACAGACGUGCCCUUACGCCACCGUCAAACGGAAACAGAGAAGCAUGUGCAUGCAGCCACGUCCUCUCUGACGGGCGGGAGGCAGGCUUCAUCCUCCAUCAGCUCCUACAGAUGGGAUGUAGCUCUGGGGGCAAUUGCUGAAGAUUUUACUGAGCGUGUGUGGGGUUUCCUCAGUGUUAAAGAUGGUCUUCGGGCAAGGCUGACGAGUAAGACAAGCAGAGAGAGAGAAGAACACAUGAAGCAGGCCUCCAACCUGUCCUUGACGUACAACUUCCUCACACCACUCACUAACCUGGUGGUGGAGAAGCCUGAGGUCCAGCCUGAUGGGACCAUGGCACCUGCACCCACAGUCUCCCCAGCUCCAGUGGGAGAGGAUUCAGCUGCCAACAGUCUGCCAGAGGACGCAGAGGAUGGACAACCACAGAAAGCUGACCAAAGGUCGACUGGCUCCUCUUCAAAGAGCAAUGCUGUUGGUAACACCCUACUCAAGAAACCAAUAACAAUUUCCAAAACAUCAGCUGAUGGUGACCCCCACUUUGUGGUGGAGAUUCCGCUCAGCAAACUGACCGUGUGCUUUAACAUUAAUGGGGAGCCCGGUCACAUCCUGAGUCUUGUUUCGGAUCACAAGAAUUCUGGUGUCACAGUAAAUGGAAAGCUAAUUGGCGCCCCAGCACCUCCAGGCAGCCACAAGCAGCUCCGAACAUAUUUCAACACAAUAACAAUUGUAGUAGACCACCCCAAACGAGCUUACAUCGAAGUGACUCCAAAGAAAGUGAUUUUGGAUGGCAAAGACCGCAUGGUUUUGGGCUGUCAAUCCACUGUCACAGUGACGAGUGGGGUCUUGACAGUGGCCAUUGUGGGGAAGUCCAACGUAACUGUAACAGUGGGAGACAACAUAAGCUUUAUUAUUCUGCUGCACCACUACAAGAACCCAGCACCGUAUCAGAAAGACCAUCUCGGUUUCUACAUCGGCAACAGCAAGGGGCUGUCCCCCAACUGCCAUGGACUAUUAGGUCAGUUCCUUUAUGAAGAAGUUGGCCUUGCUCAGUCUGGAGCUGACAUGGCGCCCUCUACAGUCUUGAAGGUCAAAGAGCGCACAGUCCCAGUCGUGCAGAAGACCAGGAAAAUACUGAGUGGGACACAGAGUGUGGACUGUUGGUUUGCCAGGAACAAUGCAGCAAAGCUGAUCGAUGGACAGUAUGAGGACUAUCUAAUGCCUCACAUGUUUGAUACUGGACACUCGCCACAUGGGACCAACACACUCUAA